AUGCGUCCUGUUGGUGAUUCUAAGGCUGAUCAGGACAAGAAAUUGUUUGUCGGUGGCUUGAAUCCUAAGACUAAUGAAGAAUCACUACGGUCUUAUUAUAGUCAAUGGGGUGAAAUUACAGAUGUUGUCGUUAUGAAGGAUCCUCGCUCCAAUAAAUCCCGUGGCUUUGGUUUCGUCACUUUUAAAGAAGCUGCCUCUGUAGAUAAAGCCCAGGCCAACCGCCCUCACAAACUAGAUGGCAAAGAAGUAGACUCUAAGCGCGCCAUGCCUAGAGAAGAAACUAGUCCGGAAGUGCAUGCUGCUGUGAAGAAGAUAUUUGUCGGUGGCCUCAAGAAGGACGUAACUAAUGACGACCUGGCUGAGUAUUUCGGACAGUAUGGAACAGUUACCGAUGCCCAGAUUGUAAUGGCUAAAGAUACCAACACGUCUCGGGGAUUUGCAUUUGUAACCUUCGAUGACACCGAUAGCGUCGAUAAAGUGAUACUUGCUCGUCCCCAUACCAUUAAUGGUCACAAAGCUGAUGUCCGUAAAGCCCUUAGCCGCGAGGAAAUGAACAAGGUUCGUUCAAAGCCACCUCCGGCUCGUGUGGAAUAUAGUCAAGGAUGGAAUGAUACUCAAAACAUGGGAUACCAGCAGUCUUGGGACCAGGGCUAUAGCCAGCCCUACGGUCAACAAAGUCAGCAGUAUCAGUACAAUAACGCUGGAUACGGUUACGGUGGUUAUGAUAACAGUGGUGCUAGCAAUUGGCCUGGUGUAGCCGACGGUUUUGGAAAUUAUCAGCAACAGGCGUAUGGCGGCGGCCCUAUGCGGGCAUCCCCUGCCGCAGCCCAGUAUACUCGCCCUACUCCAUAUGCCGGAACACGCGCUCGUCCGGAUUCGCUUCUCUCUAUGUUUUCCGGGGCCGCGUAUGGUGCGCGGGCAAAUCGCCUAGCAAUUGAAAGAGAGACAGAUGGGAAUUGCGCCUGUGGUACGGCACCACCAGGUGCGCGCAAGCACUUGAUAUCAGAUCGAACGGUGGCACUGCUUAAAUCUCGGAGAACUAUCCUAGCCAGUCCCGAACAUGACCUGGUGCGACGAAUUAUCAAACGUCCAGUGAAAAGGAGCGUGCGAGCCGACCAUGAAGUAUGGUGGACACAGAAAGCCAAAGAAAUGGAAGAGGCCCCGGAAGCCGGUAAUGCCCGAAGAUUAUUUCAGUUGAUCAAUGCGACCGGUCCCCGGAAACGACCUGUGAGCGAAACCAUCAAGGAUCGGAAAGGAAUGGUCAUCUUAAAUAAAGAGGGACGCCUCGACCGCUGUUCGACAAUCGUCUCAGAACCUUCGCUCAUGCGGGUUGGUGUCGGCGAAUCCAUAUUAAUACAAUUAGACAGCGCGUCUUCGGUUGUGCGACGGGUACUCCCUUUGAAGAAUGUGUCCAGCACCGGAAACUGCGUUGGUUUGCCGAAGAGGGUACUAUUUUCCGUGCCCAAUUCAGAGUGGCGUAAACAUAGAGGUUACCAACCCUUGACUUGGCAGAGGCGUAUGAAGGAUGUCGCAAAACGCUCGGGUGUUGUCGGUGCUACUUGCCUUCCAGGAUGGCGACCGCGUGAUCCACACUCUGCCUGGUUGGAGACACUACAAGAUAUGGCCGCCAGCUGA